CAUCAGGAUAUAAAAGCUGUGGUCUCCAGCAUUCCUGCACACCAGGGGACGGUGAUGACCAUGAGUGACUUCACAGGAGCCAAGAUGCAGCCUUUUAAUUCCAUGGAGGAUGACGAGUUGAAGGUCAGUGACAGCAGGUAUUCUAUCAAAAGCUCCAGACUACGAGCAAAUUCUGGAAUCAAGAGUUUGGCAGGAUGCCUGGGGCACAGCCAAGCCCCCUUGGUCCUGCAGCUGUUCUCCUUCCUGUUCUUGACUGGGCUCCUACUGAUGGUUCUUUUCCAAGUCUCCAAAACCUCAAACACCCAGGGACAGGAGGAACCAAAGGAAGAGAAGAUUCUCCAGGAACUGACCCAGCUGACAGAUGCACUUCUGUCCAGGAUCCCUGUCUCCCAAGGGCAGAAUGAGUCCAUGCAGGAGAAGAUCACUGAUCAGUUGAUGCAACUGAAAGCUGAACUUUUGUCCAGGAUCCCCAUCCUCCAGAGGCAGAACGAGUCCAUGCAGAAGAUCUCUGACCAACUGACGCAGCUGAAGGCUGAACUCCUUUCCAAGAUCCCCAGCUUCCCAGUACAGGAUAAUUCUAAGCAAGAGGAGAUCUACCAACAGCUGUUACAGAUGAAGACUGAACUCCUCCGCCUGUGUAGACUCUGCCCUUGGGACUGGACAUACCUCCUAGGAAACUGUUAUUUCUUCUCCAAGUCCCAGCGGAACUGGAAUGAUGCCGUCACAGCUUGCAGAGAAGUGAAGGCUCAACUAGUCAUCAUCAAUAGUGAUGAAGAGCAGACCUUCCUACAGCAGACUUCUAAGGCUAAAGGAUUGACCUGGAUGGGCCUGUCAGACCUGAAGAAGGAGGCUACGUGGCUCUGGGUAGAUGGUUCUGCUCUGUCAUCCAGAUUCCAGAAAUAUUGGAAUAGAGGGGAACCCAACAAUGCUGGUGAAGAAGACUGUGUCGAAUUUGCUGGGGAUGGCUGGAAUGACUCUAAAUGUGAGCUCAAAAAGUUCUGGAUCUGCAAGAAGUCUGCAACCUCAUGCACUGAAGGCUAGCUCAUCUCAGCUUCUACCUUCAUGAUACUCUGCCAGGGAGAUGGAUGUGCCUCAGUUCCGUGCCCGCUCCUUUUCCCUGUCUGUUGGACUCAGGAUGUUAAAAAAAAAAAAAAAAAAAAAAAAAAAAAAAAAAGCCCUGGGAUUCUUUUUUUAUCAGAUUCUUCAUCCUCUGCAUUUACCCUUGUUUCAUUUCUGUUGGUGUGAUAAAAUGCUCUAACAAAAGAACAACUAAGAGAGAAAGGGGUUAUUUUAUCUUACAUUCCAGACGACAGCAGGGAGGUCAGGAUGGCUGGAACUUGAGACAACUGCUUACACAGCCAGGAGCAGACAGAAGUGUGUGCAAGCUAACUCACCAUUUGCUUAUUCUCAGUUCCAUUUUCCUACUCCUACAGUGUAGGACCCCUGCCUAGGAAAUGCUGCCAUUCAUACUGGCUAGAUGUUCCCACCUCUGUUAACUUAAUUAAGGCAAUCCCCCACAGUCUUGUUCACAGGCCAACCCAGUGCAGGCAAUUCCCCAUUGAGACUCUUCCCAGGUGACAAUUAAACUGACUGUCUCCUAGGGAUUCACUCACUAUUGUCUUUUUGCUUUCAGGUUGCUCUGGGCUUAGGGCCCACUGUUGUCCCCCACUUCAACCUGAGGGGGGAUGCAUUCAGGACCUGGGUGUUUUCUGCUAAUCUUCUCCAUCUUCCUUGCUGAGAUACAUACACUCAAAGGCCAGAAGAAGAUAUUGGUAUCCUUGAUAGCGCUUCACUUUAUUCCCUUGAGACAGGAGUUGGAGGUCAUUAUUUUUCAGCAAGGCUAGCAACCUGAAAGAUGCAGCAUUUUCCCGUCUCCACUCACCUCCUAAAUGGAGUUACAGGCACAUGUGGCCACCCACACACCCACGCACGUACUCACACACGCACGCACGCACGCACGCACGGCCCUUAACAGUUACUAGGGCUCCGAGCUCAGGUCCUCUUUUUUGCACAUCAGUACUAUUACCCACUAAGCAUCUCCCCAACCCUUUGUCCAUUAUCAGGUAGUCUAGUCUGUAAUAAAGUCCUGACAAAAUGCAA